AUGGGAAAAUAUUCUUUAUAUACUGCAGUUUUACUUUGGACGAUGCCUGAUUUAUUAUCAGGAAUAACAUAUAAUAAUAAAGGAGAUCACACUUCACUGUUUUCUUGCUAUUCCCCUGGUCAUUUGGAAGGGAAUGAUACAAUCAAGUUGUUUCUUACCUCAGGUGACUUGGUAGUCAACUGCUAUUUCUUAACUAGAGACAGACCUUCUGAGAUCAGACAGAACCUCAUAAAACUGUUUACAUCAAGAGGACUUGCUCCCACUUUUAGAAUCAUGAAUAGUACUUAUUCUGGUGUCUUUCACUUUAAUUUAACUAUGGGUAUUAAGGAGAAUGCCUGGUUUAUUAGCAUCCCAAGAGAAACAAUCACAUUUAACACAGAUAUUGCGCCAAUAGAGCAAUGGUUUGUAAGUAUCUCAUUACAAGAUGGAGUAACUACUUACAUUACUGAAGGAACACUUUUGGAUCUUAUCCGAGAACCUAUUCUUCAGUGGGAACUUGGGGAACCAAUAAGUCUCAGUCAGUUUAUUAAGAUGAUUCCACAUGUGAAAAGUAUAAGGAUAGCAAAAUGCCCCUGUGCUAAUGAUGUGGUAAUACUUGGUAUCAUAUGUGAUAACAGACUUGAAGGUGUCUACCUAGGCUUGACUGUGUCUGGAUUUUGGGAUAACAAUGGUACCUCAUGGCACAAUUUGACAGAAAAUAUUUGCUCUGUAUUAUCACAAGACUGCCUAGAUUUUUCAUUUGUGGAUGUUGUUUUAACAAAUCAUCAUUUAAUACUUCUCACCUCAUUGGGUCUUUUUACAAGUGAGGAUCUUCGGUAUCCAAAGAAGAAUUUAAUGUUUUCCAGAGCAAACUUUUGUGGUUUUGAAAGGGAAGAUUAUGUGCGGGCAAAACUAUGGUAUCAUGAAAGAUGUUUAGCUAACAGGGAACAAUUUGAAGGUGAUUUUCUUGCUAUCACUUUUGACAAAAACAAGACUUUGAGCCAGACAUCCACUUGUUUCUAUAGUGUAGAUCCAUUUGCUUACUGGAGGCCUUGCUUACCCAAAAUUUCAAAAACAGGGAAAGUCAGUUACAGAAUUGUGUCAUUUCUUAUAGAUGAUGAGCAGAGAACUGCAAUCUACCUUAUGAAGACACAGCAAAGGAUUUCUGUUGCUGUGCGGAAUCUAUAUAAGUCUGUACCACACAUUCAACUGAAAUUUCCAGUUUUCAGAUUUCCUAAGGAUUUUUCUCUUGCUCUUGGAAUGGUCUUCCAUCCUAGGAGUCACUUUCUCUAUGUUUUUGGCAAUCAGGUGUGGCUUUCAACUGAUGGAGGAAACAGUUUUGUGGUGGUAGGCUAUAUGUCAAAUGAUCCCAUAAAGCGCACCUACCAUUCUUUCUACACUUCAGAUAUUGCCUUUCUUUCUAUGUCUUCAACAGUUUAUCUUUCAAAGGCAGGAUUAAGAACUUAUACCAAAUAUGGAAAAGUCAAAGCACCAACUUUUGAAAUAUACUAUGACCAUGUAGGAAUUGGAAUUUUAGUUACUCUGAAUAGAAGUACAUAUAAUGGCAUAGAUAAACAUCCUCUCUUGUCUACAUCAUCACUCACAUCGAUUGAUGGAAAUGUGGCGUUUAAUACUUCACUAGCUCCACAGUAUCUCACUGCAACUAAAAUUAUCUUCUUUGCCUAUGCACCCCUGAAUAAACAGAGUCAAGAUAAAAUGGAUAUAAGAUUUAACCAUAUUCAUGCUGGAAAACAAUUAAAAUCAAGCUCAACUGGAUUUGCUCAUAUAGUGAAGAUUAUGGAACAUGAUCAUGUUGUAGGCUUUCCAACCUCAGCUAUUACAGAAGUGUUAAAACCUUUUAAAGUUGAAAUUGCAAAAGAUAAUCCUUGCUUAUUGAGUACCAUAACCAUUGAAAAAGAUAUAGACCCAUUUUAUAAAAUUAUUCUUCAUUUGAAUGCUUUAGGAUCAUUAUAUAAAUUUAAACGUUCUGACAUUCAGAAGACUGUAGUCAUUCCUGGUUAUAGCAGCUUCCUUCUUAUUCAGUUUAUUGAUUAUACAAAAGCUUUGGCUCUUGCAACGAUGCCUACAAGAGUACCUUUCAAUAAAACUUUUAAAGCGAAUGAAUGGUUGCUAUAUGACUUUUCAAUGAAAUUUGUCUCUACAUGGUCUAUUUCUCCCACCAUUUGUAACCAUUGGAUUCAGCAUGAUGAUGUUCAAACAUCACGAAGUAUUAUUAAAUACAUCGAUCUAGGGGCUACCUACACUUUUAAAAUUAGAAUAAUUCCAAAGAUAAGCAAAGGUGCACGGAUAUUUCAAAUGCCACAUGUAGAAGUAUUCAGUGGACGUCCAACCUUGAUGGAAAUAGAUUCUCUUAGCUAUUGGGAUGACACUGACAGUUACAUAAUUGAAAUUAAAGCCAUCAAUAGAUAUUUACGACAAGGUAUGACUUCAGUUUCUUUCGUAGUUUGGCAAGCAUCAACAGUUUGCUAUAUAUCAACAAUUAUAUUAACACUGAAGAGCAGCUGUAGUUAUAUCAAAAACAUGUAUCUUAUUCCUAAUCAAGAGAUUUCCAUGUCUGCCUGGGAAAAGGGAAUACAUAGAAAUAAACAUGGUUUCAAUAUGAUCAAAACCUUGCCGGAAAACUACAGACCUCCAUCUCACUUGGGAAUAGCUAUCCCACUUACAGACAACUUUUAUAAUGCCGAUCCCAGCAAACCUAAGCCAAGAAAUUUAUUUCCUGAAUCAAGAGUAACUGGAAAAUAUAAGAAGUGUUUGAAUAAAUCCUCUCGAGCAGAGUGUAAUUGCUCCACUUCAGAGAAGUUUUCUUACAGUAUGGAUUUCUCAGACUGCAGGGAAAAGGUCCCUCGGUAUAAGUUUCCUGUUAGCCAGUAUCCCAUCUCUUUGAACAUCCUCAAUGAAGAUCAUGAAGAACUCAAGAUGGAGCCUCCAUUUUUGGUUACUGUAACUGAAGUGAAUCGAAGGAAAAACUGGAAAAUCAGACAGCAAAUGCCAGAAACUAUGGAGAAACUGAAGAAGUAUGUAGAAAGUAAGAUUUUUCUUCCUGUAUAUAAUCCAAAGGACCUCAACCUAAGCAUAACCGGUUCUGAACUCUUCCAUUUCAGAGUGGUAGUUAUUCCUGGAGUCACUUUUUGUAACUUUUAUGAUGAGUUUCAGAUCUAUGUAGAUGAAGUACCACUUCCAUUUCCAGGAAGACUUCUUAUUGCCACUACAACAGCUGUAGUUCUGGGGGGGAUCAUUUUUGUAGCAUUUAUGUUGGAAAUAUAUAAUAUCAAAGUGUGGAAACCAUUUAAAAAUAUGAUAAUAGGAAAGAAGAAAAUGUCAUUCUCAAUUAGGCCUGUUAGAAUAGCAGCAGAAAAUGUAACAUGA